AUUGAAAUGCAUACAUACAUUAGUAUCUGCUGACAACUAAAAUGAUCAUGUGAUAGUUACAUAUUGCAUUGCUGACAAAGUCACCGAAACGUAUCGCAUUGAUUACACACUUUUUCUCUCCAUAGUGAUGAAAUUGUUUCAAACUCCGGGGAACAUUAGUGUUGGCAAUUGACUGUGCUUGCGUGAUCAUUAAAAAAAAUUGGGAAAAUUGACGAAAACACUGAAUAUAUACUUGUAACUAAUUUUCACCAGCUUUGAGGUUAUGACAGUAAACUUCGUAACAUUUGUGAAGCUUGAAGGAAAUACGCUUUCCUUUACGAAGAAUCAUAAAAUUACUCCAUGGGGAAUAAAUGGAAAGAUAUUAAAAUAAAUAACGCAGAAUACAUAUUAUCCGUUUCCCAUAGCAAAGAUGUAUGGAAAAUAGUAUUAUCAAACCUUGUUGAAGUAUGGAUGGAAACUAUAACGAAAGACGUUGCCUUACUACGAUGUCAGUCGCUGAACUCGAUGUUGGAUGUAGACGAGUUUAACAUUGAAGAGACUUUUGACGUGAUACUGAAUGAUAUACCCAAAUAUGCAGUCGACAUAUCUGUGGAUGAGAUCAAGCUUGUAACUUGUAUAGAUGGGGGUGAAUUCAAAUUUGAUAUAAAAUUGACAAAAGGAAGUCCUCAUCAGUUUUGGAAUGAAAUUACAAAACCGUUGUGUCAAUCUGUAAUGGAAUUACAACGUAAACACGAGAUUGUUGUAGAUUUGAUUAAAAGAAAAGACGAAGCGCUUAUAGAGUAUAAAUUAAGCGGCGCUCAAUUAAUUAGAAAAAAUAUUGAAACACCGCCUUACAGUGUGGAUAUAUUUGUGAAUAAAAUUUCUGUACAUAACACGCAAUCAAAUGAAUGCUUAAACGCAUUUAAAUCCAUGAUGGAUGUACAUAAUGAGCUGGAAAAACGUGAUUCUUCAUUAAAUGAUAGUCACAAUUCUUUGCAACAAGAGCCAAGCAGUCCGAAUUCUGUUCAACCUAACAUCAAGACAGAAGUUGAAAACAUAGAAGUAUCUGAAGAAAAUGCUGCUGAACCAAGACCGAGCAGUUCCAGAGAUAAUUUGCGAAUCAAAAAGAAUGAGCAAAAACGAUCUAUAACAAAUGGUAUAGGACACAUCUCGCUGGCUUCUUUCAAAAAAAACAAGCAAAAAAUCUCUAACCGUUGAGCAAAAACCAAAUAUUAAUGGCUAUUACUGAGUGGUACGAUUUUGAAGAAGCACUAAAUAACGCUACUUCGUUUUUUGAUAGAAAAAAUUAUUAGUCAAUCACUAAAUUUUAGAAAUACUCUUCAAAUUCCGUGAUGGAAGUAAAACGCGCUAUUAUUUAUACAAUCUUUACACUGUAUAGUAUAUAUCUUAGGAAUUAUACAUCUGAUAAUAAAUAGGAGUUACAAGUUAUUUAAGUAUUCAAGUUCUGACUGUUGCCAAUAUUGUGUGCCUGACUAUUCAAUUGAUCAAGUAAAGCCAAAGAGUUCGUGACACUGAUUGUGAGUUACGACGUUAAAUAUCGAGGGCAGUGCAAUAUUCAUUGUUAGCUAAACUUUUCCGACUUUAUCCUGACCAAUAGCUAUAUAUCACGUUUUAUUUGCUCUUCAUAAACUUAUUAACACAAUUUAUAGUGUUCGUAGCAAGGAAUUUGAGUCCUCGAUCAAGCUUGAUCAAUCCGAAAGUCAAGUACACUUGAUAUAUUACAACCGGCAAUUGAAUAAUUGAUAAGAUUAACGGUACGGCAGAGUACAAUAAUAUUGAUUUGCAUAAAGCAUGUUAAUUUACUCGGCUUUUAAUUUUAUAGUUUCAAGUGCAUUCAAAUUUUUAGUCAUUGAUGAAAAAAUUAUUGCGUGUUUGAAGGUGAUGUGGAAUAGGUUUUUGAAUUUCCAACAAUUGCAUUUCAGCUUUGCUAAAAUACAGAGCUGGAUAUUUGCGUUUUAUUUUCCCAGAAUGUGUGUGAUUGUUUUCUUGACUCACCUCAUUACUCAAUACAUAGCGCCAUUUAAUUAUUUCACAAUUGACAUGUGACAUCGCAAUGGUCACUGUUAAUAUACACGCAUUGUAUUAUUGUAAUACAUUCCACAAGCUUUCAAAGUUUUGUGAAUAUGUAAACAAUAAAAAUUUAUACUGCACCAAAUAAAAACGUUACAUUUUUCUAAUUCGUUUGCCAAUGUAGUAAUUGUAUUACGUUCAACACCACACCUCACAUAUCUAAAAAAAUGAUAAGGUUGAAGAUAGUAAAUUAAAAGUAACCAAAUAUUGAAAAAUUCAAUCCAUUGUGGAUACUUAAGAGCGACUUUGAAGUAGUUAAAUUUGCAAAAUAUGAGUACAUUUCGUUUUACUAGACGGUUUACUAAAUUUCACACAGUCUUGAAAUUAAAAAAUAGUUGCUUAUACGGUACAACUUUCAACCACGUAAACAUUAAGCAAAGAUAUUAUUUAGUUUCAGACAUUUAUUGAGAAAGAAAGUGAAAUGUCCAUGCCAUUCAUCUUACUGUUACAAAAUUACUGAUGACAGUAGAAAAUGAUUUGGCACAGUCGUUCUUUAAGUCAGUCAUAUGGUCUAUUGACAUUCGCUAGAUAUCGAAGUUGUUUCAAACUGUUCAAUUUUUAUAAUGAAAUGACAUGAUUAAUAAAUUACUAAGUUCGUGCUUCUCGAGUAUAUUAUCUUCAAUGUUGAUGAGCUAAUUAGACAUUGUAAUCAGAAAUACAAAUUCAAACAAUAAAUGAUUGGAUGGUGACGAGUUAUUAGAUAUUACAAACAUAUAUACAUACAUUUUCUCAGUGCAAAACACAACGCAAGUACAUGCAAUACAUGUAAAAAGUGUGCUUGAUUAUUUAUGAACCAUUCGAACACCGAAUUAUUCUACAAAGUGAUUGAUUAAAAGGUUACAAACAUAUGCUUAUUAUUUCACAAUAAUUGCACAUAGUAUAAAUGCUGAAAAAUUCUCAGAAUGGGUUACUGUGACCAAUAUUAUAAGUAAAACUAAACCAAUAUCUUAGAGGCUGACGGAAACUGAACGACAUCUCGUGUGAAUUGUUAUUAAGCCCAACCAUCGAUGGUUUUUCUUUUUCUGUGAUGGUUUAUCUGAUAUCUGAUGAAAUAUUACUAUUGGGAAUGAAAAUAUGGCGCUGUGGCAU